UUCUGAGUCUCUCACAUUCGAUAUUGUCUUUGUGUCUUUGACUAGACUUCAGCUUUCUUUCCCGAUCGUUGAGUCACUCUAGUGACACCAAUUCCUUAUCGACCACCUCGCAAGACCAGUCCAGUCAUAAAGCAAACGAAAUGUCAAGUUUCUGGAACCCCAACUACAACGCUACCAGCAGUCACAGGAAGAGAAGGUCGAGAAACAAAGGCAAACAGCGAGAGGAGAACACAACAAUGCCAUUUUUUGGCUCCUCGACGUCAGGACGACGGCAGCGACCGUCAUCAUCGUCAUCGUCAUCCUCUAGGUACGAGGAAGAAGACUUAGUCCUGGUCAGACGCAAGGAUAGUCCACCGUGGUGGUGGCAGUUGUUGGUGGAAGGGACCUCGGGAGUUACGGUCAUGAGAGCUGCCAAGGACGAGCACGGCUCUCGUCGUCGUCCCGGCCGUAGGGUGCUUGAGCCACUUGUUGAGGGGAAAGUGGCCAGUUUUUUCCCGGCAAGGUUGGAUGUGGAGGAGUAGGUGUGAUGCCAAUGCACCUUUGUUUUUCUUUGUGUUGGUUGAUUAUUCCGAGGAACUUGCACUGAUUAUACCCGCGAUAUGCCACCGAUGCGGUUGAUGAGUCUCGGAUCGACUGAUAUAUAUUUGAGAUGUUGAGGCGUCUUGGAAUUGUUGAGCUGGAACAUUCCAUCGAUAAUUUUACUUUCUG